UUUCGGAACGCACCAAUGUCGCGUACAUGGGAUAUCAUUGCAAUCUUGGGUAUGGACGAAUUGUUAGAAGAAGACAAGCUUACGGUUGCGCGCGCGCGUAAAAUACAGAGAUUCUUGUCCCAGCCAUUCCAGGUCGCUGAAGUGUUCACUGGCCAUGCUGGUAAACUAGUACCAUUACAAGAAACCAUCAAAGGAUUCCAGAAGAUUUUGGGCGGAGAAUUGGAUCACUUGCCAGAAGUAGCGUUCUACAUGGUCGGCCCAAUUGAGGAAGUAGUAACUAAAGCAGAAUCAUUAGCCAAACAAUAAAGUAACUUACAGUCAUCG